CAAAACCAUACCAGGAAAAAGGACCCAAAGACAAGUAGCUAUAACAAUGGCAAGCCUCACCACCAAACUUGGAGCAAUUGCAAGGACACCAACUUCUAGGAUUUUUUCGAGACGGUUUCAAGGAGGUUCACAGCAUGGAGGAAGAGACGCACUACAACAAGGAGCAAAUGAAGCUAGGAAUACUGGUGAACAGGUGGCAAAUCAGGCCGAUGAUGUGGCUGGAAAGAUCUCCGCAACGGCACAAAAUGUGAGUGAGAAAGCAAAGCAGACAGUGCAGGAUGCUUGGGGCACAGCUAAGGACACUGCCCAGAAGGCGGCCGAUAACGUCAUGGGGAAGGCAAAAGAAGGAAAGGAGUGUGUCAUGGGAAAGGCACAAGAAUCAAAGGAGUUCGUUAAAGAAAAUGCAGAGCAGGUCAAGAAGAGCAUGAACACCAAGGGUCCUAUCAAUUAACCACCUUCAUCGUCAGUUCUCCUCCUGUGCAUCGAUCAACCUUUGUACCUGAAAGUUUUGUUAUAUCUAUUACUCUACCUAUAUCCACUGUUGGGAUCUAAAACAAUGGUUCCUUUCUCUAAGAGAAAGUGAUUAGUUCUUUUUCAUGUUUAUGAUGCAUCAGAUGUAAAAGGCUAGGAAACAGAGUGUCAAUAAAUCCUUGCUUCAAAUCUGUUU